GUCCCCACCCCUCCUCCAGCAGAACAGCGUUUUCUCUCCGAGCGCAUCGCGUCUCUGGGAAUUUUCUUGAAUUAGACGUAAAUCUAAAAUUCUUGUGAUUUUACGCGUCACGGUUUUAUUCUGAGUGUCUUUUAUUAUCUCUUGACUUGAACUGGUUAAGCUGGUAUUUUGACUCAGACCCUGUCUGUAAUCGGCCUGUCCAUUCAUUUUCAAAUUUAUUUAUAUUCAGUCUAAAUACACUCAAGGAUCAGUUGAAUUUGGUGAAGAAAUCGUCCGGACAUUUGCUGCUUCUAUUUUGUUUUUACUGAACGGAUUUUACAGGCAUCCUGCCACAUCUUCACAAGCAUGAAACAGCCUACUGCCAAAACUGAGAUGAGCCGUUUCAACAUCUCUCCUGAGGACGACAGCAGCAGCACCAACAGCAACGAGUACACGUACCAGGACUGUCCCAAGAAGGUCCCACUGGGCGGCCAAUACUCUGACAUAGAAGCAGAGAGUCAAAACUUCCUCCCUGAACACAACCUGGGCAAGAAGAAGUAUGAGACUGAAUAUCACCAGGGCAAUGCUUCCUUUGGCAUGUCCGUCUUCAACCUGGGCAACGCCAUCAUGGGCAGUGGCAUCCUGGGUCUGUCCUACGCUAUGGCCAACACUGGCAUCGCCCUGUUUGUGAUUCUCCUCGUGGCCGUCGCAAUCUUCUCCUUGUAUUCUGUCCACUUGCUGCUGAAGACUGCCAACGAAGGAGGUGCACUGGUGUACGAGCAGCUGGGUUACAAAGCCUUCGGGAUGCCGGGGAAACUCGCCGCUUCCUGCUCCAUCACCAUGCAGAACAUUGGAGCCAUGUCAAGCUACCUCUACAUCGUCAAAUACGAGCUGCCCAUCGUCAUUCAGUCUUUUAUGGGAAACAGCAAUGGAGAAUGGUACACUAACGGUGAUUACCUCGUGCUGCUGGUGACGCUUGUCAUUAUCCUGCCCCUGUCACUGCUCAGGAACUUGGGUUACCUUGGUUACACCAGUGGGCUGUCCCUGCUCUGUAUGGUGUUCUUUCUGAUUGUGGUGAUCAUCAAGAAGUUCCAGAUACCGUGCCCUCUCCCUGAGGACGUCAACGCUCUGAACGAAACAAUAAGCAAAGUGCUGAACACCACCCUGUCACACCUGAACACCACUGCUGUGGACUACAGCGAGGACGCUUGCACGCCGAAAUACUUUGUCUUCAACUCUCAGACGGUCUACGCUGUUCCCAUCCUGACCUUCGCCUUCGUGUGCCACCCUGCCAUCCUGCCCAUGUACGAGGAGCUUAAAGACCGCUCCCGCCAAAAGAUGCAGGGCGUUGCUAAUGUGUCCUUCCUGGCUAUGUUCAUCAUGUACCUGCUGGCCGCUCUUUUCGGAUAUCUGACCUUCAACGUGCAUGUGGAGCCUGAGCUGCUGCACACCUACUCCAAGAUCUACAAGGCUGAUGUGAUCCUGCUGAUCGUCCGUCUGGCUGUUCUGACCGCCGUCACCCUCACCGUCCCUGUGGUGCUUUUCCCUAUUCGCACCUCCGUCAACCAGCUCCUGUGCGCCUCUAAGGACUUCAGCUGGAUCCGCCACACCAUCAUCACCAUGGUCCUGCUGGCCGGCACCAACGCCCUGGUCAUCUUUGUGCCCACCAUCAGGGACAUCUUUGGCUUCAUCGGUGCCUCUGCUGCUGCCAUGCUCAUCUUCAUCCUGCCCUCGGCUUUCUACAUCAAACUGGUCAAGAAGGAGUCCAUGAAGUCCAUGCAAAAGAUCGGGGCCACCGCCUUCCUUCUGUUAGGCUUCUUGGUCAUGAUCGGCAGCAUGAGCCUCAUUGUCCUGGACUGGAUCCACAACACCUCAGCCAGCCCAGACACACACCCUGACGGACACUAAAGCUCCGCCUCUGCUGCUGCAGCCUGCCGAGGAGAGAGGAGGCUCUCGGCGCUAGACUGCUUACGAUUGCGCAACCAACAAAACCAACGAAACUUAUUGUAAAAGAAGAAAAAACACAAGAACUCACUUGAUGCUCGGCUUUGACUUCCUGAGCAACAAACCAUGCCAUUCCAAGAGAAUGUAUCGAACAUUGUACAGUACGCUUUUAUAGGCCACAAAGAUGGUGUUUUACUUGUUUUUCCUCUUUUUAUUGUAACUUUUUUUCAUCGUCAUUUUUUGCUCGUUUUUUUAUUUUUAUCGUUCUUUUGUAGUUACGGUACAGCUGAAAACAAAUAUUUGAAGGUGCCUCAAAUCAGAGAUGACAUAGUGGUAGAGUUCAAAAUGCAGCUUACACUCAGGUAUGGUGUCAUGUGUGCGUGAGUGUGGCUGUGACCUUAGAGCUCAGCGACAACAAAUCCUGCUGAGUAACGUACGCGAAUCUCCCAAACAUUGAGGAGAGGUAACACACUUGAAAGUUCAUCCUCCUCAAGGACGAUGAAGUUCCUUCCAACAUUUGUUGUUGUUGAUUUUUUUUUUCCUUUUUUACUUUGCCAAAAAUGUAUUUGUAAAGCAUCUUUGUAUAUUGAAAAGCACUUACUGUUCAGCACACUUGUGGAAAAAAAAAACAGAUAUAAGUUUUCACAGGCGAGGCCUACUACACCGCCUUUUCAGUAUUCGUACCAAGGCUAUGUGACCUUGCUUAUAGUGUCAGCUUUCCUUGUAAAACAAUAUAAAUCAACAGAACCUGCCUUUUCAAACCCAACACUGGGAGCUGCAGAGUAUUCUCAAGAGACCCCUCUUGAAACUGUAUUUACUCUUUAUAACCUGCUGAAGAUCUUGUUGGAAUAGCGUGUGCAGCGACGACACUACUGCUUUAGGAGCUAGAGCCCACCCAGACUCCAGCUCCACCUCCCCAUUCAGGGGAGGGAGAAACUUAAAAUGUUUUUCUUUAUGGGAGAAUACUUUGAAUCUGACCACAUGCUGUGGUUGUAAUGUACCUGUUAAACUUGCAAAAAAAAACAACUAAAAACUAGAAGUCAGGUGUGCUCUUGAACACCGACAACCAAACAACAACAAAGCUAAGGAGAGAAUCUGUCUCUGAGUGUUUUUGCGUACAGUUGCGCAGUUUUCUGCUUUGGUAAUGAUUCACAAUGAAGAACUUGAUAGCUUGACACGGACUUCUUUCCGGUUGAGUCGUGAACCUGUCAUCUGACGGUGCACUGUGCUUCCAACACUAACUUAACACGUCACCAUACUGUUAUUGUCCAACAUCUAUUUAUGGAAGACCGUGAAAUCAAUGUAAUUUAAUCUAUUUUACUAUAUUUAUAUAAUAUUGUAUGUAUAUAUAUAUGUAUAUAUAUCUAUUGAGUUCAACUGUAUAUACGCUUUGUUUUGUUUGAACUUCCUUUUUUUUUUUUUUACAAUAAUGCAUUGGAGCUGUAAAACAAAAGUGAAAAACCCCAAGCUGGUGAAUUUGUGAUAUUGAAUUGGCUCCAAUACGCAGGAGCUUUAACUGUUCAUCUCUGUUAAGACUGACUGAAUUAUCCUACUGUGUUGAUUCUGUGAAAACUGUGUUACGUGUGGAAGCCACUGAUACCAGCGGCAGCAGUCUUGUUUCCUUUUUGGCCCCUGAACACAAACCAGAAUCAGUGAAAUGUUCUUUAUGCACAUCUUGGUUGGAGAGUACAUCAGCCAUCUCUUGACCUCAGGAGCAAAGAGGGCUUUGCCCACCAGUGUUACACUCUUGUUUCAAUGAAACACUAUGUAUAUCCUGUAAAUAAUGUCCAAUUAAAAAUCAAAGAUAAUCUAUUA